AUGCCAUGGACGCACGCAAAAAGAAUGAAAGACGGCCUUGACGCGGAUGCACGCAGUAGUGAGGCCAGCCCCGAAACACUCGACGCUGCCGGCCAUCAACGCAGCAGGUCCGGCGGCAUUCUAGCCAGUUUCCUCAGGAGUUCCAAGGAUGACGGUACAGGGAAGGCGCCAACGGUCCUCCACGGCAGCGACGACGUACACCAUGUUCAGGAGGCCGAAGGCGCAAGGAAGGCCUCGUCCAUGGCAACUGCCCUGCGCCAGAGUCAAGGACAGGCUGUAGGAAGGCAGCGGAAGGGCUCUCUGAGAAAGGCAGCCAUGGCGAAGAUGCGAGAACGAAGCAGCUCUCUGCGCAAACCCAAAACGCCAACCAUCAUCACCACCACCACCACCACCACCACUGCGAGCCCGGGCCCGACGGACAAAGCCGCACCCCCAGCCCGCUUUGGUUACGAGAACGCGCCCCUCAACUCCUCCUCGGACAGUGGGUGGUUGCCUGCCGUCAGUUUGCUUGCGUCUCCUCCUACCCUGGCCACCCACCCCACACGUGACCAUGGUCGAAACUCUCCUCCGCCCUUGCUCGCCUCACCCAUGACCAUGGCGGCAGCUUACGCUUCGACUACCGACGACGACGACGACGUCACGUCCUUUUUCCGUCCGUCGGUUACAAGCAAUGACUUCUCCUUCACGGGCCCUUCUCCUGGCCUUGGCACAUCGCUCGCUCACCGCCGCUCGACUCGCAGCAGCCGGCGCACCUCAGUUCCGACAAUCGCGACACCUGCCGAGAUUGACCCCGCCGAGGAGUGGGAUUACAGUGAGACCGAAUGGUGGGGCUGGGUCGUGCUUAUAGCCACUUGGAUUGUCUUUGUCGUGGGAAUGGGGUCCUGCCUCGGGGUAUGGAGCUGGGCAUGGGACGUGGGCGAGACACCAUACGCACCACCCGACCUCGAGGACGACGCAACCCUUCCCAUCACCGGAUACUAUCCCGCCUUGGUCGUCUGCACUGCAGUCACGAGCUGGGUAUGGGUCGUGGUUGCCUGGGUGGGCAUGAAAUACUUCCGACACGCCAAAGUAGGUGUCGACAGUUGA